UUGCAUUCUUUGUGAGGUCUGUCUGCCUUGUGCUUUUUUGUCCCGGAUUAGUCUUGCUCAAGGAUGGAGAUUUCCAGGCAUGGAGUCUUAACAGCUUUGGGCUUCCAUUAAGCAAAUUCGGUAACCUUUUAAAGGGAAAGCUCAAUCCCCCCCCUUCAUUUCAGAAAGGUAGUUUAUAUUGACUAGAUGAAUUAAUCCACUUGAGACUAACUUAGUUACAUAUGGUAGGUAUUUUAACAUGUAUCUGGUUCUUUAUGAGAGCUGAACAUACAGGCUUUUUAAAAAUGAGAUAAAAAUUACUUUUUAAUUAAAAUGGCAUAGUUGGGGAAGCCUCUGGUACUGAGUUUUGUUUAUUUGCAUUCUCAUUUGUGCUCUUCCUCAUUUGGAGGUAUAUUAUUUAAUGCUCCUAUUACCCGCCUUCUGGGCUGCUUCCUAUUUAAAUGAAGUUUCUUUUAGAUAACUGAUGUUAGAUGGAAAAAAGUCACUCGUGUUACCUUUGGUAAAGUGAACUGAGUUUAAGAUUAAGAAACUGGUUUUAAACUGACCCUUUGCCCUCUGGAGCAAAUUCAGUUGUAACUCUUCCCCACCCUUUUCUCUUCUUCCAGGUCAAUUAAAAGAAGAGUGAACUGUAAUCCUUAAUGAUAACCGGGCAGGAUUUUUUUUUUUAAGAAAUUUUUUUUUUUUAAAUUGUAGAAGUUCAGGUGGAGUCAGGCUGUUACUGGUGUAGAGGUUUAGACAAGUCUUCACUUUGUUACCACAGAGCAGUGGACCACCAUUUUCAGUGAAGCUAUCCCCCCCCCCCCCCUUAUUUUUUGGUGCCCUUGGCAAAACCGAAAUCCGUUGCAUCAUUAUAACUCUUGUUUGGGUGUAGUUUUAGGAUACAGUAAUGACAGAACUUUCCCACAAACUUUCCUUCGAAGACAAAAGCACCAAAUGCAGCCAUUACACCAAACUUUAGGCAAAUUGAAUUGAAAAAUUAGCCUUAUUUUAACACAAAUAUCUGAAGAAAUCAAGAAAACAAGAUUUUUCUCAGAAGUCUGCUUAUGAUUUAUUAGAAGCAAGAUGAGAAAUUUUGUAGUAUUUUCUGUUAUAUCCUAAGGUAUAACUAAACCAAAACCAAUUUGCACAAAUUUAUUGAGCAAGAAAUUCAUCUUUGGAAACUAAACAUUUUCUAGGGAGUCAUAAUUUUUGUAUACAUUAUCCUUUUCUCUUAAAAUUAGCAACUGUAUACAACAUGCCAAUUGCAGACCUAAUUAUUUAAACCACGAGUGUAGUCAUGGAAAACCUACAGUCCAGUUUCUCCUUAGUUCAGGGUUCAAAUAAAAAACUGAAUGGAAUGGAGGAUGAUGGCAGCCCUCCCGUGAAAAAGAUGAUGACAGACAUUCAUGUCAAUGGAAAAACGCUAACCAAGGUGAAGAAGGAGCUUUUGGAUGACUAUGGAGAUGCAUCAGUGGAGACCGAUGGAGAGCUUGCCAAACGAAACUGUACUUCCAUGCCUGAAACUUUAAAUUUAAACCCCAGUCUGAAACACACACUAGCACAGUUCCAUUUGAGUAGUCAGAGCUCUUUGGGUGGACCAGCAGCAUUUUCCGCUCGCUAUUCCCAAGAAAGCAUGUCGCCGACUGUGUUCCUGCCUCUUCCAUCUCCUCAGGUUCUUCCUGGCCCUCUUCUCAUCCCUUCUGAUAGCUCCACAGAGCUCACUCAGACUGUUUUGGAAGGGGAGUCUAUUUCUUGUUUUCAAGUUGGAGGAGAAAAGAGACUCUGUUUGCCCCAAGUCUUAAAUUCUGUUCUCCGGGAAUUUUCACUCCAGCAAAUAAACACAGUAUGUGAUGAGCUAUACAUAUAUUGUUCACGUUGUACUUCAGACCAGCUUCACAUCUUAAAAGUCCUAGGAAUCCUUCCCUUCAAUGCCCCAUCCUGUGGGCUGAUCACCUUGACUGAUGCCCAAAGACUCUGCAAUGCCUUACUGCGGCCGCGAACCUUUCCUCAAAAUGGUAGCAUACUUCCUGCUAAAACCUCUUUGGCCCAGUUAAAGGAAACUGGCAGUGCCUUUGAAGUAGAACAUGAAUGCUUGGGCAAAUGUCAGGGUCUCUUUGCACCCCAGUUCUAUGUUCAGCCUGAUGCUCCCUGUAUCCAGUGUCUGGAGUGCUGUGGAAUGUUUGCACCCCAGACAUUUGUCAUGCAUUCUCACCGGUCACCUGACAAGAGAACUUGCCACUGGGGCUUCGAGUCAGCCAAGUGGCACUGUUACCUUCAUGUGAACCAAAAAUAUCUAGGAACACCCGAAGAAAAAAAACUGAAGAUAAUUUUAGAAGAAAUGAAGGAGAAGUUUAGCAUGCGAAAUGGAAAGAGAACCCAAUCAAAGACAGAUACACCGUCAGGAAUGGAGUUGCCAUCCUGGUAUCCUGUUAUAAAACAGGAGGGUGACCAUGUUUCUCAGACACACUCAUUUUUACACCCCAGCUACUACUUGUACAUGUGUGAUAAAGUGGUUGCACCAAAUGUGUCACUCACGUCUGCCUCCCAGUCUAAAGAGGUCACCAAGACAGAGACAAGUAAGUUCAUCUCCAAACAGGCAGAAAAGCCUCAUGGUAGUAGUAAACAUCAAAAAACAGUGUCUUACCCAGACGUCUCACUUGAGGAACAGGAGAAAAUGGAUUUAAAAACAAGUAGAGAAUUAUACAGUCAUUUAGAUCCAUUGAUCUCAAAUAAUUCUGUGAGUAAAAAGAAAUCUGAGUCUACUGUUUGCAACUUAGUGAGAGACAUAAGCAAGCUUGAUGCUGAAGCUUCAUCUCCGCUUCUGGUCAGAGAUGUUACUUGUGAGGACGACAAGGGAAAGAUUAUGGAAGAAGUGAUGAGAACCUAUGUAAAACAGCAAGAGAAGCUGAAUUCAAUUCUGCAGAAGAAGCAACAGCUUCAGAUGGAAGUGGAGAUGCUGAGCAGCUCUAAGGCGAUGAAGGAGCUCACUGAAGAGCAGCAGAAUCUACAGAAAGAGCUUGAGUCCUUGCAGAGUGAGCAUGCUCAGAGGAUGGAGGAAUUUCAUAUUGAACAGAGAGACUUGGAGAAGAAGUUGGAGCAGGUGAUGAAGCAGAAAUGCACCUGUGACUCAAACUUAGAGAAAGAUAAAGAGGCUGAGUACGCAGCACAGUUGGCAGAACUGAGGCAGAGACUGGACCAUGCUGAGGCGGACAGGCAAGAACUCCAGGAUGAACUCAGACAAGAGCGGGAGGCGAGGCAGAAGUUAGAGAUGAUGAUAAAGGAACUGAAGUUGCAGAUUGUGAAGUCGUCAAAGACCACCAAGGAGUAGGAGAAGACAUGCGUCUGUAUUUGGUUGAUAGGGAUUUUUGUUUGUUGCUUGCUUGGAAAUUUAAUUUUAUCAUCUUAUAUAAAUGAAGAUAACUAGACAUUCUGUUCAUUUGUAGGGCAGCAAAGUGCAAAGAUUAUACAUCAGUACAUCAUUUUUUCCAUUUUCCAAAUGAAUGAACAUGUUUGCUUAUUUGUACUUUUUUCAGUCAGCUUGGUAAUGCUAACCUAUGUGAUUUCAAUCAGUGGACAGUCUACCUGUUUUUCUGAGGCAAGCCCAACAGUUACAUACUUUUCACAGCUGCAUUAUGUGGUGGAAAAGAGCAGUGUCAAUUCUGUGUACUUAUUUCAGGUGGAGUUUAGAUACAGUGGUAAUGUUUGUUAUACAGAGCCAGUCAACUCUGUAUCUUCCUUCUCAUUACACAAUAUUUUAUUCUUAUUACAGAAUCUCCUCUUUUUAGUUUUUCAAGAUAAUGGUUUCUCUGUGUAGCUCCAGCUGUCCUGGAACUCACUCUGUAGAGCAGACUGGGCUAGAGCUCAGAGAUACAGCUGCGUCUGCCUCUUGAGUGCUGGGAUCUCCUCAUUUUUAUAUACCAAGUCUGUGUUUAUUUUGUUCAGGUUGUGGAAUGUAGUACACGGAUGGGAUGAUAGCACCACCCCAGUGUAUGUUUCUGGGAGAGCAUGCGUUGCUGUACCCUCAUGCUGCACACAAAAGCAGUUGCAAUUUGUCUUUUGGUUUAAGAGUGGCUAUAUCUAGAUAUGUGUGUGUGACUUAAGAAAAUUAAAAUGAUUUCUUAACUUUUAUUGUUAAUGGUGUGAAAAUACUCAUCUUCAUGAGGAAAAUGGAUUCCACUAAUGUACGUUGGUUCCUCUUGUACAGUUUUUAUAUGUAGUCUUAUAAAGGGUCUUACUGAAUUUAUAUAAUGGAUUUUUUUCUUUUAAAUUAUAAAAUAUUAAAUAUCUUGAAGGUUAUUUUGGACUUUUGUAUGUUUAAAUGUUACCUUAAAACUUGCACGAAUGGACCAUUAUGACUCUUUAAUCUUAAAAUCAGGAAUUUACAGUCAGCUAAUAAUAUCUGAUAGCUUAAUCACCAUUGAAGUAUCUGCUACUAGCAGGAAUUUUGGAUGAAUUUUAGAUGACAGAUGAAUUCCAUGAUUUGGGGAAGGGCAGCCUCUGCACUUUUGUUUUUAUUUUUUUGCACAUUAAAGUCUGAUACCUUUCACCAGCGGCUCUCACAUUAGUUGAUGCUCAGCUUGGAAUUUACUAGGGGAGUUCUCAGAGAGCAUUGUGGGUUUUCCUUUUGUUUUGUUUCCCCUUCAAAUUGCAGGGUUCCUCCUGCCUCUGCCUCCCAAGUAUUGGAUCUACAGGUGUGGGCCCCACCUCACCUGUGUGUGUGUGUGUGUGUGUGUGUGUGUGUGUGUGUGUGUGUGUGCGUGUGUGUGUGCGUGUGUGUGUGCGUGUGUUUUAGGGAGGUUUCCUGAAAGCAGCAUUGGCAUCAUCACCUCAGUUUUGUGUGUCCCACGCUGUCUCAUGUCACUACAUGAAGGGACUUGGUGUCUGUGCUUAGGAAUAACUUAAGAGUUAAGGCUGUCACUGCUCUUUUGUUUCUUCAUACUUGUUUCUUGAUACUUAUAAAAGCAACUUUUCCACUUUCCAAAGGGGAGUUUGCUUUCUAAAUGUAUUUUGACCGAAAUGUGGAUUUACUCCUCUAUGUUAGCUUUAUAAUUUAAUGUGUUGACUUUUGUAACCUCUUUGAGGAGAAACAGAUGUAAAGUUGCACAGGGACCAUAUAUGUCUUUGUAUUUAGAUCUGGGGAAAGAAAAAUCACAGAUACUUGUAAAAUACUUUAGCUUAGUUGUCCGUUACAGCGCAGCUGGGCUAUGUGGGAGGCAAACUUACACCAUUUAUUUUUCUGAUUACUCAAAACUUCUACUUACGUGCUACUAAAGCAUAUGUAAUUUUUCUAGUCCUUGAAUGAAACUUGGCCUCAUGACAUUGUUUAGCAUAGCCUUUACUUUCCAGAAGAUGAAAGGAUGUGCCAUAGUUUUUUGUCUGAACUUCCUUAAAAGUAAUUUUUAAUCAGCUGUAAAUAUUAUACCUACUGCUGUUGAAAGUAACUUUAAGUUACAUUGCACCAUAUAGCUUGAAAACGAAAUUGAAACUCUGUAGUCCUCCCAAAGUGACCUCUGCUUAAGUUCCCAUAUGAGACUUAUUUUAUGCAUGCUCAUUUUGUGUGCUGGUUGCUAUCUUAAAGUUUGUUUUGGUGUUAGGUCUUGUGCAUUGUGCCAAGCUUACUAGGCAGGCAGAUACUUCCUCAGACUCCGUGUUAUGUUUAGGAAGAAAUGAGACCAUUUGCUCUGAAACCCUGGGUUUAGGAGUGCACUGCAGAGUCUCUAGAGUACAGGAAAGACGGUGAGCAAUGCUUGCUGUGGUGGGGAUAGUUUCUCUCUGUGGUCCAAGUGUGGGAGCUCCUGCAGCCCUCAAGGAGACUCUUGAACCACCUGCCAAUCACAACCAGGACUUUUGAACACCAAAAGAUUUGACCAACAACUUAGGUUUGGCUUGGGCUUUAAUAUUUUUGACAUACAUUCUUUUGCUCGAAUUUCUUGUGUUUUUGAGGAUAAGGAUGUUUUAAGCUUCUUGAACUAAUUUUAUAACAUUUAAUAUAUAACCUGUUUAUAUGUAAAAUCUUUUGUACAGGGGUGGGAAGGAGUAAUGAAAAAGCUCAUUUGUACAUAGUGAAUUAUAAAACAGACUGAAGUCGGGGAAACAGUGAGUACCACUUUGUUCGCAGGCUGCUGUGUCCUUUGAAAGUCACACCAGAACAGCCAGUUUCUCUGUGUGUCUGUAGCUUGUUUGCAAAAUGAAAAGGAAACACAAGUAGUAAGAAACAUGCCCACGGUAUUUCCCUAGGAAUAGCUGCAAAGCUGGUCCUGCAGGGCUCGGAUCCACUUCUAGAAGGUGUGCUCAAUAUGUUAUGCUUUGAGUGGGUCGGCAAGAACGUUAGUUUCUUUUUGUCCGUUGUGCAUUUAAUCCUUAGGCCAGGGCAUUCCAAACUGAUGACAAAUUGUGUUCAUCAUGUACAUCUGAUCCUGCUCUUGUUAACGGUUUUAUGGAAGCAAUCAGCAAUAUGUGAUAUGAACUGCUUGUUAUAUACUAUCCUUGUGGAACUGAGAUAUUUAAGCAGAACUUAGUAUUUUCUUUUUCUAGUGUAAGAUACUUAAGCAUUUCCACUAUUGGAAGAAAAACAUAUGGGUAUUUUGUAUUGUAUCUUGUUUGAAAGGACAGUCUUUUUUAAUCUUCCCACUUAAAUGACUUUUAAAAAUAUAUACAAUUUGAAGCUUGUUUAGAAAUAGAAUUAAAUGUCAAAUAUAGUGUUACUGUUUUGAAAUUAGGAAGUAAUCAAAUAUAAAACAUUUUAAAAUUAAGCCCAGAAAACAAAAUAGUGUUCAAAGUUAGUUUAGUAUAAAAGGAAUUUAUAAGAUUUUUUUUCUUCAAUAUAGAUACCUCACUUGAAAAAAAGAAAGCACAGCAUGUUUAAUUCUCACGAAAAUACCCUACUAAAAUAAUUGCUAAACCUAGGACAUUUCUGAGUUGUUAGAGUUUGUGAUAAAUGUAGUUGCCAUUAGCUUUUUGCUGGAAAUACUUAUAUUGGUAAUUUUAAGGCAAUGUAAGUCUUCAAUUACUCCUCAGUUUUAACCUGUGAAGGCAGUAAGUGAAUGGUCCCUUCUGCAACUACUGAAGCAAAUUGACUAUAUUGAGCAUAAUUCAACUGGUAAUUUUGCCAGUAUGUAUAGUUUUAUGAUUAAAAUUGCUGUGGUUGGUUGCAUUACAUGACACACAAAACUGUCCUCUACCUCACGUGAAAUAAAUAUUUUAUAUGGUUUUACUAAAAAAAAUAAGAUUCAUCUAUCUGGUUACUUAGUUUACAAAUUUUGGAUUAUAUUUAUUGAAACAUGACAUACUGUGCUCUUAGCUUAUACCUCAAUUGUAUUUUGUGCUGUUCUCCAUUUUCAUGCCUUGUAUAUAACUUGUAUAGAUGGUGGAUGAGAUUCCCAAUAAAAGCUUUUAAUGCCCAUGA